CAACAACAUGCAAUCAAAAUUAGGGAAAAUUAUACACCAGCAAAAAUGGAAAACAAAUGAAAUCACGGAAGCGAUGAAGAAACGAAAAAUUGGCCACUUCAAAACCCCAAACUGAAUCCUAAGCUAAAACCCUCGUCCUUAGCUCACCUGAACCGCAAUCAUGGCGAACAGGCGCUGCCUCUACGCUCUGACGCGUCAAGCCUCUGCUCUCUUCUCUACGAACCCUUCUGCUCGAUCCUUCAUAGCCCAUCUAACCGCCAAACAACCCCUCAAAAUCUUGAGCACCAGAUUCCCUGCCAUUUGCACCAACCCUGAACCCGCCUGGUGCACCCACUGCUCACGGUUCCGCCAUUUCUCAUCUAACAGAGGAAACGACGAUGAGGACGACGACGACGAAGAUGAAGACGUUGAUUAUGAAGAAACUGGGGAGAAUAGCGAAGACGAGAGCGUUUCGGCGUCUGGUUCUCGUCCCGAAAGCGAGUAUUCGGCGGAGGAGAAAGAAGUGGAGGCUGCAGCAAUUGGGUAUAAAGUGAUUGGGCCGCUUCAAAAGUCCGAUCGUGUUUUCAAGCCUUACGAGCCCCUUUUUGCUGUUGUUCAGAUUGGUUCGCACCAAUUCAAGGUUAGCAAUAGGGAUUGCAUUUUCACCGAGAGAUUGAAGUUCUGCGAGGUGAAUGACAAGGUGAUCUUGAACAAGGUUCUCUUGUUAGGCUCAAGUAGUCAGACAAUUGUUGGGAGACCCAUAGUGCCAGAUGCAGCUGUUCAUGCAGUUGUUGAAGAGCAUGCAUUAGAUGCAAAGGUACUCAUUUUCAAGAAAAAGAGGAGGAAGAAUUAUCGUCGAACCAAAGGACAUCGCCAGGAACUGACUAAGUUGAGGAUAACUGAUAUUCAAGGAAUUGAGAAACCAGAAAACAUAGGUACCCAGAAGCCUUUAAAGGCAGCCGUUAAGAAGCCAGAAAAGAUUGCGGUUGCUGCUUAGGAGGAACUUUGCAGUUAUAUAUCCUCAAUAAUGGCAUUUCGAGUUACUUUCUGAUGUUAUAUGAUCAGCAUUACCCAAUUCCAAAGUUGCUCCAUGCGCAUAUUGGGUUUCAUGUUAAGCAGUAGACCAUAACAUCUGACAUGGUGAUAUUUUAAGAUUGUUUUGGUUACCCAAUUCUUUUUUUCCUUUGUGUAUUUUAUAGUUGAAAGUGUGAUAUCAUUUGUUGAAUGAAUCAUUUUUUAUUCCAGUUGGAUAUCUUCACGGUUUAAAGCAAUAUCAUCUUUCAUUUUUGCCUAA